AAUUAGGUAAAGUGAAUGGUUUCGGAACGAUCCAUAAAAUAUUCCAACACGAUCCAAUAAGGUGCAACAAUCAUACACUUCGUCGCAAACAUAAAAACGCUGGCACGCUCUCACGUUAUACAAACGCUCGCGGCUGUGAAAAUAAAUUUCAAUAGUUGUUAGGGUGCCGUAGUGAGUGUUUUCACUACUUUCCUGAGCAUUGAGACUCAUAAGUGUUUGAAAUCAUGUAGAUGAUGCUAUUUUCAUUGGAAUACUCAUUUAUUUAUGGACAUGCUUUUAGAGUAGUCUAAGAGCGUAAUGUGCAAAGUCGGUUUGUGUACGGAACUACUUACAGUAUUAAUCUAUUUGUUGAAAGUUUAUUUUGCUAAUUUGUGUCGAGUUUUGCGUAUUAGUGGUGUAUUUUAUCCAUGGAAUCAAACACCGAGCUUGUGGACGGACUCGCUGAGAAUUCGACGAUCAGUGGUGACAACAGCGAAGCAGACGACAUGGUGGGGACGGCAGAGAAUUCCGGAGAGAGGAAUUCAUCGGAACAAAUUAGGGACGGAUUGGGUGACGGUAGGACCAGCAGUGCUUCUAAAGCUUCACACGAGGUUGACGUGAUGGUAGAUAGGCCUCUGAGUGGAAUGAGCGGCGAAAGUCGUGAUGCCUCUAGUCCAACUGGAGAGGAAGGAAACGAUAGAGAGUUGCAGGAAAUGUUCGAAGGAAAGGAAAAGACACGUGUUGAGGAUGAAACUGACGUGCAAAAUGGCGACAUCUCAGAUGUAGAUGAAACCAGGGAAAGUUAUGAAGAUAUGGAUAACAUCUUAAAAGUACAGGACGAAAAUAGUCGGGAAGAGGAUGCGGAUGCACCCUCUGCAGUGGAUGAUCAGUUCGAACACGAAAAGGAUCGUGAAAAUGUUGUUGAAACCGCUUUGCUGAGCGAAGAUGUUGACAUGAUGGAAAAGUUCAAAUUACUCAAAGAACUGAUCGGCAAUGAACAUAGAGGUUUAAGAGACCAGCUACUGAGGAAUUACGAGGAUGUUCACACAUUAAUGCGAUCGUUUGAGCACUCUAAGAAUGUUUUGCGUGUCUGUAAAGAUUACGUGAAGACACUUUAUUGUAAUGUCCAUGACUUGUCUAAAGAGAUGAAGGACCUUAAAGUCACACUGGACAAGAAGAUGAGGACGGAAGGUUUGACUACUAUGCUCGAUGAAGAAAAAGUUGACAAGAAGGAUCCGGAGGCGGUCGCAGAACAAAGCGAACUUCUUGCCAAAGCAGCCAAGGCAAAAACGGAGAUUGCCGAGGCUGAAAUAGCUUUAGCCGAAGCAAUCCGAAUGGCGGCAGAAUGUAAAAAAGAGGCUGCCGAGCUUGAAGAAGAGGCUCGGGCGGCGGAGGUCAAGGCCAUGGAACAUCGGAGAGCGGUCCACGAGACCAAGAAGGAAGUUGAAAAAAGGAGAAAGGAGUUGGAAGAGCAGAAGCGACAAGAAGCUGAAAAGGCUAAAAAGAAGGAAGAAGAGGACCAAAAACGGCGAGAAAAGGACCAGAAGAGGAAAGCAGAGCUGGAGAGAAUUAAGGGUACCCCCGAAGAGAUUGAGAUGCUGAGGAAAGAGGAAGAGCAGCGCCGGGCCGAGGAGGAAAGGAAGGACCCUCAGAACUGGCCCAAAUGCAUUUAUACGGAGAAAAAGCCUGGUGAUGAUGACAACACGGAUCCUGAAAUCAUCUCCAUCGUCAGGGCGAUGGCUGGUGUUCUGUAUGAAGAAGACCUCGUCUGUGAACCGCUGAACCAGCUCGAUGGUAUCCUACCCCUUGGGGAGAAUGAAGAACUGGUCAGUGGAAUAGUACAGUUAAAACCAGCAUCACCAGAUACAGUCUUUCCUAAGUGUGCGGAGCCAUGGACAGUUGCUAUACCACAUGUCGCCCCGAGGAACAACCCUAUCAAGGAAGCUGUUAUAAAGAUAUUAGAUGAUGCUGGUACUUGGACGGAGGUGAUGACCCUCGACACUGCCUUCUCCGAUAUCACGGACAAGCAUUUUUGCGAGUGCCGGGUGACUGGACCAGUGACACUGGCGGUCGUACUCAAGAUCAAGAAAGACCUGGUCAUGAUAGGAAAGAAAGGAGGGAAAUAUUUCUCUCCACUUGACUCGAGGGUUAGCUUGACCGUGAGGCCAGGAGUGUUCAGGGUUACGUCAACAUUCGGCUUAAAGAUUCAACCGGUUGAGCUCGGUAUGGUGACUGAAGUCAAGCUAAGAUAUCCACAAGUCUGCGAGAAUCUAUUUGCAAGCAGUCCAAUCAUUCACCUCGGGUUGAAGAACAAGAAAUUCGUCAAACCAAUGGUGGCAACAGUUCCUUGUCCGCCCAACCCGGCUCGGCAGAAGCGACCAGGGACGGCAGGGGUUGGCCGUGAUGAUAAAUCCGAUCACAAAUCACGGCCGAAGUCGGCAAUGGUCAUUGGGUUUCACUCCUUUAAGGUUGAAGAAGAGCCGGAGGAUAAACUGAUCAUGUUGAAGAAAGAACACACGGGGCCUUGGGACGUGAAGGGACUCAUCACUCAUACGCAGUCCAAGAAUAAAGAUAUUGCAGUGGUCGAGCUCACCGAACCCGUCGAUCGUUUUAUGGUGCUGCGUCUAAAGGCAGAUACCCCAAGUACGACAGCAGAAGAUAUAGCAACAACCAUCGAGAAACACAUCAACAGACGAGUCGUCGUGUGCUUGUUACGUCAGAGGUCAGAUGACCCGAGUGACGUCAUCAUCACGUGCACCAACAUCAAUAGAAUAGAUCGAGCGCAGAGGAAGCUGAACGAAGCGGGUUAUGAGGAUGGGCCCAGUCCUAGCAAAGACAUUAUUGUCCAUGAAGGACAAAAAUUAUGGAUAAAUUUCCGCGGAAAUAUCCGUUGUAUGGACAAACAUGCAUCUGAACUCGAAUUCGCGUUCAAUUCUCAUUUGAACAGUAGUCUGCGUUUUUCUGUCGCGGAGGUUGAUCAGUAUGCGCAGAAAAGCUCAAACAUGUAUCGUGGUUUCGCUCAAAUUUAUACUCACGCAAUGCUUCAGCAAGCUGUUAAAGUCGAAGACAAAGUUUCGACGAAGAGGAACGAUUCAGUGAAAAUGGAACUUGUGCAAGGAGAAAAGUUACUGUCGGAACUGCUGAUAAAUUUACCAAAGCCGGAUCCGGAACCACCACAACCUAUCCUGAAAGCUCCAGUGCAGUUUAAAUCAGAUGGCGUCAUCGACGAAGCGUUGUUUCGGCAACUCUCUGCAGAUCUCGGAGAUGAGUGGAAGCUCCUCGCUGCAGCUCUCAGUGUCAAACGCGCGAGAAUCCAAGCGAUACUGCGAGAUCACGUGUCAAAUAGUGACAGUGAGGAAGCCAUUUAUGACAUGUUGGUCACGUGGGUAAAGAAGAUACCUCGCUCGAUGGAUAAGGUUGAGAUCUUAUGUGCAGGGUUGAUCACUGUGGGACGCACCGACCUUGUAGAGGACAUCAAGGACCGGGAACGAGAUUGGAAACUUGAGAGGGCCAACAAAGCAAAAGAGGCUAAAUUAAAGAGGGCGUUCUUGAGGGUAGCACAGAACCAGGAAGUAAUAACUGACUGGCGUCGCCUGGCGUUGGUUCUCGGACUACACGAAGACGAUAUCGAUGGUAUCGAGGAGGGUGUGAUCGGCUCGAGGGAGCAGUGUCACAGGGCGUUGUUACUCUGGAAAGAGAACGACCCACUGGCUAGUAUUAACACUCUCAGCAGGUUCCUUAAGAAGAUUAAAUGCAGAUCUGCCGCAGAGGAAAUACAGCAACUGGCUUAAAAUGGGCGAAGGGUGACUCGAUGGUCGUAAAGGAUGAUUUAUAGAUAGAUAACUCCGCAUGAAAAGCUCGUGGACUGAAGCUAAACAAGUCAACAAAUUGGAAAAAUGCUAUAUCGCAUUUAAGCAUUCUUGUGCCGCCACAACAUUAUUGUUUGGAAAUUUAAUUUUUUUCAAAUAUUUUCGCGAUUUGCAAAAAAAAGAUGAGAAAAUUUGGUGGUUAACAGUACUCAAAGUAAGUGGCUGAUCUUUUAGCUAUUUGUAUGUGUAUAUAUAUAAUGUAACUGCAGGAAGUGUAC